AUGGAGUCUAACGGGAAGACGGUCACGAAAGGCGGCCAACGUCCAAUCGUUUGGGGCGCGGCGGGGACCAAUGGUCAACACUCGUUUCACCAACUCAUCCACCAGGGCAUCAAUAUCAUUCCUACUGACUUCCUUGCGCCGGCAACGACACACAACCCCAUUGCGCAGUCCAAGCACCACCGCAUCUUGCUCUCCAACUUCUUCGCCCAGCCAGAGGCACUGGCGUUUGGCAAGACGGAGGAGGAAGUCCGCAAGGAGCUGGGCUCAGAGGCGCUCUACAAGAGUGAAGUCUUUGAAGGCAACAGCUUGAUGUUCCCCAAACUAACCCCCGCAGCGCUUGGUGCGCUGAUUGCGCUGUACGAACACAAGAUUUUCGUCCAAGGUGUUGUGUGGGGUAUCAAUUCGUUCUAUCAAAUGGGCGUCGAACUGGGUGUAGUGCGCAUAUUUUGGCGCUGCGGACGUUAA